AGCCGAGCCGAACCGAGCCAAGGCGAGCCCUGCCGCUGUCGGCAGGGAGGUCGGUCCCCGAAGACUCGACGCAUUCACGUCAGCGCGGCGCUGGCGCCGGGCCGGCGCGGGGGGCCCAGGCUCAGGGAGGCCCUGCUGGGGGCCGCCCUGCUCGGGGGGGUCCUGCUGGCUGCCCACACCGAUCCCGACCCCCACCGGGACGGGGUCAAGCCAUGCCGAGCCUGCCACGGCCUCGCCGACAGCUUCAGCAGGGGCCUGGAGCAGACAGAGCAUGAGGGCUUUGGUGGGGGCAACACAGUCUGGGAGGAGGAGAAGCUGUCCAAGUACCAGCACAGUGAGACCCGUCUCCUGGAGGUGCUGGAGGGCAUCUGUGCUCCCUCGGACUUCGCCUGCCACCAGCUGCUGGAGCGGAGCGAGGAGCAUGUGGAGCAGUGGUGGUUCCACGAGCGGCAGCAGCACCCUGACUUCUUCCAGUGGCUGUGUGUGGACAGGCUGGUGCUCUGUUGCCCACCCGGCACCUACAGCCCGGACUGCUGGCCCUGCGCCAGCGGGCCCCGGCAGCCCUGCAGUGGCAAUGGGCGAUGCGAUGGCGACGGCACACGCCGUGGCACCGGCCUCUGAGUCUGCAGCCCGGGCUAUGGCAGCCCCUUCUGCGCUGAGUGUGGUGACGGCUACUACGAGGCCUCGCGGAACAAGAGCCACCUGAUGUGUGCUGAGUGCUACCAGGCAUGCGGGCGCUGCACGGGGCCCGAGGACUCCAGCUGCCUUCGCUGCAAGAGGGGUUGGGUACUGCACGAGCACCGCUGCAUCACAGUCCCCAGUUCUCCCACAGACAUCGACGAGUGUGGCACAGAGAUGGCGCAUUGCUGAGCCAACCAGUACUGCGUCAACACAGAGGGCUCCUACGAGUGCCGAGACUGCUCCACGACUUGCAUCGACUGCAUGGGUGCCGGACCGGCUAGCUGCAAGAAAUGCAACAAGGGCUACUGGCAGGAUGGAGCCAAGUGCCUGGAUGUGGACGAGUGUGCCAGCGCUGAGGAGCCGGUGUGCACCGGAGCACAGGAGGUGUGUGAGAACACAGAGGGCAGCUACGGCUGCGUCUGCGCCCAAGGCCACGUCCGCCGGGAUGGGCAGUGUGUCAAGGACAAGCCCCCUGAUGCCCCAGAGAAAGACUUCUUUGACGAUGUGACCAAUGACGAGGUGGUGGUGCUGCAGCACAAAUAUUAG